AUGAGCAUCCGAACAAGUUGUACUUGGAGAUCUGAAAACUUUGCCUUUGGAUACUGUGAUGCCAAUGGUAAUAGAAAUGGUCCCAAUGCUGGUAAUUGUUCCGAGGUAGGUGACAAUAUCAUUCUUCACCAUCGCAUAUCUGAUGAGCCUCUUGAAAAUGGUAAAUCUGUUGAUGAAGAAGAUAAUGAUGGAUUAGACAACAUAGAAGAUCAUAAUGAGUAUGUUCAGCCGAAUUUAGUGUUUCCCCCAUCAUUUUCUCUUGGACUUACGCAAGAAGAGAAUGCUAAAUCUCUGGAGGGUGCUGGUUCUAUUGAGGAUAUAAAUGAAAGCGACGAUAUUAUUUUAGCACAAUUUUGUCAUAAAAGCAAGAGACAGAAAACUAUUCCCGCUAUUCUUAUUGAGAACUACCAAUGUGACAAAAAGUUUCUGCAAAGGACAAGGGAAUUUCAUUUGAUGGGGUUCAGAGAGAGUCAAAGGGAUGAUUAUUCUGUGAAGUUUGGGAAGCUAGUUGAGAAACUGAAAAAGGCCUUGUAA